AUGGGAAGCCUGUUGUCAUCACCGCCCAGCAGCCGAGCUACCUUUACGGUCGCUUCCGUCGAGGAGCUGCUGGCAAAAGUACCGCCGCUGACGUUGCCCCCGGCGACCCAGGAGCUGGCCGGGGCUCGCGUGCUCAUCAUCGGCGGCUCAAUCGGCGGGGCAGCAGCCGCUGCGUGCCUGCGUGCAGCCGGUUUCCGUAACGUCCUCGUUGCAGAGCGCAGUGAUGGGCCGCAGCCAGGCGCUGGCAUUGGAGUGGACGAAGUGACUGUGGCUGUGCUCAAAGGCCUCGGCGUGCCACUUGCCGCGGCUGACAAGGCGCCUGCCGGUGGCGUGGUACUGCAGCGCAUGCGGUGGGAGGAGGAAAGGCUCGUCUCCGGCCACACAGUGCUGCGCCAGCCACUUCCAUACUUCGCCACGCGGUAUGUGCAGCUGCAGCAAGGCCUGCAGCAGAUUCUGCCCAGAGACAGCAUCAGCUUUGGACGCAAGGCAUUGCGGGUGGAGCGGCGUGGGCAUGGAACCGGCGACCUGAACGGCACUGGAGACGCUGCAUUGCGCGUGCACUUCUCUUCUGGCGAUCCCAUUGAUUGCGACCUCUGCAUCUGUGCAGAUGGCCCACGGUCUGCUUUCCGCGAGCAACUGCAGUUGGAAGAUCCAAGAAAGGAGCUGCGUUUUGCUGGGUACACCGCUUGGAGGGGCAUUGUGAAAGAGGACGAUCUUCCAGAGCAGACGCGCAACAGCUUGCAUUCCACGUAUCCCCUAUAUGGUAAUUGCUUGUACUUCACAAUGCGCGAGUGUGGUGGUGGCCAUGCCGUGCUCUAUGACCUUGGCGAUGGGCUUCUGAACUGGCUCAUUUACGAGACUCGUCCAGAGCCUGUCGCUGAAGCAGGUCGGACGACGAGUGCUGCAUCAGACGCGGACGUGAGGCGGUUGCACAGCGAGGCCCGUGACGUUUGGGGUGAGGCCUUAGGAGCUGUCAUCGAGGCCACGCCCGAGCCUUUCUGGAACGAUGUCUAUGACAUUGCUGAGCCACUGAGCUCUUUGGCAGCUACAGAAGGACCCUUCGCUGGCUGCGCAGCGCUGCUCGGCGAUGCGGCACAUCCCGUCACGCCACAUAUGGCUAAGGGCUCCAAUAUGGCUGUGCACGAUGCAUUUGUGCUGGCAGCAGCUGCAAGCAAGGCAUCAACGAUUUCAGAGCUCCUUGCCGUUUACUCAGAAGCACGUGCCGAGGAGACCCGCCGCUGCGUGUUGCUAUCAAGGCAUCUCGGGUGGCUGCGAAAUGGGCAGCUCCAGCUGAAUGCCGCCGAGGGCACCGCAGCAACGCAAGCCGGCCCCCCGCAAGACGAAGCCACAUUCCUGCAGCUGCUUGCCAAGGCCUCCCUGCCCACUCGCACAUUGCCCGCCGGCGGCGACUUCGAAGCCGUGUGGCGUCACAUCGACGCCCAGCUUCCCGAAGAGCAGCGCGGUUACUUCCUGCAGCGGCCGCCCGCGGAGGGCCCUGCCGCCAUCGUGUCGCCGGUGGCGGCACUGCGCGGCAGUCUGGAGGUGGCGUGCGUGAACCACGUGUCCCGUGAGACGAGCGACGUGGCGAGGCUUGCUCGCUUCUAUGAGGAGGUGCUGGGCUUCGAGCGGCUGCCGCGCCCCGACUUUGGCUUUGGUGGGGUUUGGCUCCGGCUCCCUGGCGCGGGCAAUCAGGCGCUUCACAUCAUCGAGGCAGACCCAGAGCUUCGGCGCCGGGAAGUCCCCGAGACUGCCGCCUUAAGGCCGCUAAGGGACUCCUGGCUCUUGGGCGGCUUGCCGGAGCGGCACAUCCGCAGGAGCCACCACAUCGCCCUCACUGUACCCGACAUCGAAGCAGCUCGAAGCACCUUGCAGGCCCACGGCCUGCGUUUUGCAGAAGCGCGUGUGCCAGGCAAGCCAAUCGUGCAACUCUUUUUGUACGACCCUGACGGAAAUGGCGUGGAGAUUGGCAACUUUGACGCGCAAUGA